CAGAGAGAUUCCUGAGUGAGUGAGCAGACUCUUUGUUUUCUUCAUCACUGAAAAAUUCAUGGCAUUCUCAACAAUUGUGUCUUCUCCAGUUUGUUUCCACACUCAAAAUCAAACCCAUAGUUUUCCAUUAUCAAACAACAAACCCAGAAUUAACAAACCCUUAAUCACACAAACAAAAGCACUCCCACCACUAUCAACAGCAACUGAUGUCUCAGCCAUUACGACCACCUUUGACAGUACAACACUUGCAGUACUCGGUGGUGGUUCAAUUGCUGCACUAGCUGCAAUUUUGUCGAUUGCAGACCCCGAAAAGCGACGACAACUUCAAGCAGAAGAAGUUGGUGGUGGUGAUAAAGAAGUUGUAAGAGAGUAUUUUAAUAGUACUGGGUUUCAGAGAUGGAAGAAGAUUUAUGGUGAGACUGAUGAUGUUAAUAAAGUUCAGCUUGAUAUCAGAUUGGGACAUUCUAAAACUGUCGAAAAUGUUAUGAAGAUUUUGACCGAGGAUAGGUCUCUUGAAGGAGUUACUGUCUGUGAUGCUGGUUGUGGUACUGGUUGUUUGUCUAUUCCUUUAGCUAAACAAGGUGCGGUUGUUUAUUCCAGUGAUAUUUCUGCUGCUAUGGUUUCGGAAGCUGAGAAACAGGCAAAAGAAGAGCUUUUGGGAGGGAGCAGUGAUGGGUCAUCAGUAGUGCCAGUGUUGCCAAAGUUUACAGUGAGUGAUUUAGAGAGUUUGGAUGGGAAAUAUGACACAGUUGUUUGCUUAGACGUAUUGAUACAUUACCCACAAAGUAAAGCGGAUGGAAUGAUUGCGCAUUUAGCAUCAUUAGCUGAAAAACGACUGAUACUGAGUUUUGCGCCUAAGACAUAUUACUAUGAUAUAUUGAAGAGAAUAGGAGAGCUGUUUCCUGGGCCAUCAAAGGCGACAAGAGCAUACCUACAUAGAGAGGCGGAUAUAGAAAGAGCUCUACAGAAGGCUGGGUGGAAAGUAAAUAAGAAAGGAUUCACUAAUACGCAGUUUUACUUCGCCAAUUUGAUUGAAGCUGUUCCUGCCUAAAUUCAUUAGGUACAGUUCUGUAGUUCUCAUGUAUGUACUUGUACUUUUACUUUAUACUAUGUUUUUGUAAUUGUUUCUCCUCGGAUUCCUUUGUUCGUUAAAUUCAAACGAAAAAGGAUUAAAAUGUACUACAUUGUGAAAAGGUGAAAUAUAUAACUUAGUUAGAGAAUUUUCAGCUACAAA